CCAACACAGUACAGUGCAGACCCGGUGUACUAUGGCUACUACAUGCUUCCAGAUGGUACGUUCUGUUUAGCCCCGCCUCCUCCCGGGAUAGAUGCCACAGCGUACUACAACAGCAUGCCAACUGCUGCCGUGGCCCCUCCUACUGCCUCCUCCGCUCACCAGCCACACAUGGGCACACCAACCCCUCCUCAGACUGUGGCCUUAGCACCACCAGGAGUGAGCCCAGUACAGAUCCCAGCCACUGUUCCUCCACCAGCUGCUCUACCAGAACCGAGUUCAAAGCUUGAUGUUCCAUUGUCCAGUCCAGCGAUGCCCGCCAUCAUCCCCCCUCCCCCAGACACUCAGCCUGUCAUAGACAAACUGGCCGAAUAUGUUGCCAGAAAUGGGCUGAAGUUUGAAUCGAGCGUCCGAGCCAAAAAUGAUCCGCGGUUCGACUUUCUACUGCCUUGGCAUCAGUACAACACCUAUUACGAGUUCAAGAAGAAAUACUUCAUGCAGAAAGAAGGGAAAGACCCACCAGAGAGAAGCGCUGAGGAUGCCAGUGAUAAGCUUCAAUCAGACGAGUCACUUCAGGAUUCCAAGCUGAACAAAGCCUCAUUUGCACCAAUCAGUUUUGCCAUCAAAGCCAAGGAAAACGACAUGCUUCCACUGGAGAAGAACAGAGUCCGGCUAGACGAUGACUCAGAUGAAGAAAAGCUGGAGAUGGAAGAAGAGGCUUCAGAAGUUGUAAUGCCUGUACCUGAGCUGGUGACGAGGGAAGUGGUUCCUCUCGCUGUACAAGAAGAAAAAAAGCCCACUUUGAGUUUGGAGGAGCUGGAGGCUAAGCAAGCCAAGCACAAACUGGAGGACCGCCUGGCCGCAGCAGCCAGGGAGAAGCUGGCCCAGGCGUCCAAAGAGUCCAAGGAGAAGCAGCUCCAGGCGGAGAGGAAGAGGAAGGCAGCGCUCUUCCUCCAGACUCUGAGAGGGCCAGGGACAGGAGAGCCUGAGGCCAAGAGAGCAGAGCUAGACGCAGCUACACAAUAUGAGAUGCAGGAAGCUCUUUCCGCUCUGUCAGACAUGUCAUCAGUGGCACCAGUUUAUGCUCCAGAUCAGAGGGCCCCCACGGAGACCCACACAGCCUAUCGCAGCAGGGACGAGACGGCCUCCUCCUCCCACUCCAGAGGGUCAGACAGAGAGCGCGACAAAGGCAGGGACAAAGACAAGAAGAAAAAGAAACACAAGAGACGAUCACGCUCCCCUACAUCCAAGUCUAGAUCCAGAUCUCGGUCCAAGUCUAAACACUCUCUCCCCAGUGCCUACAGAAGAGGUCACAGGUCCAGAUCACGCUCGUACUCCCCGGGGAGGAGGAGCAGGAGGGGGGCGUCAUCAGAGAGAAGGUAUGAGGAGCGAGAACGAGAGCGCUAUCAUCGCAGCAGCAGCUCAGGCGCACCCCGAGGCCACUCUAGGUCCAGGUCUCCUUCUGAAAAAAGCAGAACAUCUUUAUUAUCAGGACUUGCGCAGGCAGCUGGUUCAUCCCUGUCACCGUACUCUUCACCCAGCGGAGCGUCACCAGCUGCUAGCCCCGCCUCCAGCCUGACACACUCGAGAGACGGCUCUCAGGAGAAAGACAAGGCUGUGUCCUCCACUAUAGUAUCAUCUGUGCAGUCCAAAAUAACUCAGGAUCUGAUGGCCAAAGUGCGAGCUAUGCUAGCCACUUCAAAGACCUUCCAGCCUCCAACCUCCUGAAGAAUGCUCUGAUAACUUCAUACAGCAGAGGUGUUGGAUUUGAAUUUGGUCUUCUCAGAAUCUUCAACUAUUCAACCUUUUAUCAUCAAUGUGAAUCAUUGACUACUUUGUCAGUCACAGCCAUUAGCCAAGAACAUUACAACCCCUUCAAUGCUCUCACCAUUCUUAGCAGCCUGAGAAAAGGCGGCCAAGACUCAUAUUGUGUCCUUCUAUGAAGGCGUGUGUUGUUUUGAUAAUUUCUGACUUUAGCCGAUUCCUCCACCCCAACUGUUUUUCUUUCUUCUCUUUGCGGCACUUCUCCAAUCUCCUGAGAAAACCCUUUUAGUUUUUUACUCUGCUCUCCAGCUUUGUGCGUGGCCUUCUCUUUCAGUUUCCAGUUUGUACUUGAAUGAAUUUAUUGAAGAAGUACUUUCUAAUCCAAACUGUCAAUAAAAUGUCAACUGUAAUAGA